AACGAUGAUGUGUUGCUUGACAUUAUGUGCCGCUUACCCAGUCUAGACUUGGCGUCGACCGCGCUCGUUUGUCGCCGAUGGUCUCCAACUGCUCAGACGCGGCUCUAUCGUCGCAUUUCCCUUGACACCGGUGCUCCCUCUUCCCGUCUCUUGUCCGACACGCUAUUGUCAGCUCCUGGGCUACGCAGCCUAAUACGGGAUCUGACCAUCUUCCAUCGCGCCGGCAGCAAAGGUGACAAAAUGGUUCUCCAGUGGUUGGAGUUGCUUCCAGAAGACAGCCUGCGCUCCCUACGAAUCGAGCAAAUGUUCAUCCCCAAGUCGUCUGACCUGUCGCUCUUACAAUAUCCUGCCGUACGCUCGGUGCCAAGUCUGAGCGUCUGGCCGGCCGCCAAUUUCCUCAGCGUGGAGAGGCUUGAUGCAGUCCUCCAGCUAGAGGCGUUGGAGAGCCUCUCAAUCAGGGUCUUGCCGUACCUUCUUCCUCAGCCCCUCACUGUCACACGUAUCCCUAAACUCCGCCGGCUAAGCGUCGACACUACCGAAUACUUCCAUACGAUCACCGAGAUCCUCGAGGCACUCGACCCGUCUGCCUUCCAGAGAUUCGACCUCGUGACGAACACGUUGUCAUGCGCUGCUAUCGACACGCUCCGUCAUGAUUUGCGUCCCUUCUUUUCACGCCUGAAGCACUUCUCUGUGCACCCACGGCAACGCAAGACGGACGAGCCGUUCGUCGACGACCUCGUGGCCGCGAUGCCGUCACUCCAGACGCUCGCAUGCGGUUGGGGCACUUGCACUGCGGGCGUCAUCAGCCGACUCCCCCCAACGUUGUCGUCGCUUAUGCUCCUG